AUGGCUCCCCUGAAGAGCCGUCACGGCGACGCCAAGCACCCGGACUCUGACGACAACAGCGUUCGAGCUUACGAAGCUGCCCCUGAUCUCUCGAACCAUGAAGAUGCAGUCUUUGGUGGUACGAAUGCGGACGGUCCUAAUUACCGAAAUGUCGGUUGGAUGGCUGCUGCCGUCUUGAUGAUGAAGGCGCAAGUCGGUUUGGGAGUAUUGUCUCUCCCGGCCACAUUCCACACUCUGGGUCUCAUUCCCGGUCUAAUCGUCUUGGUCGUGAUUGCCGUUCUCUGGACCUCGUAUGAGAUGGGCAAAUUCAAGCACAGACACCCUGAAGUCUACUCAAUUGCUGACGUCGGCCAGGUCGUUCUCGGAAAGCCCGGUCGUUACAUUUGCGCCGGAGUCUACUGGCUUUGGAUGACCACCGUCGCCGGUUCCGCUCUCUUGUCCAUUUCUAUCGCUUUCAACGCCAUGUCCCUGCACGGUACCUGCACCGCCGUUUUCGUCGCUGUCGCUACCAUCAUCGUCUUCCUCUUGGCCUCCAUCCAGACCCUGGACAAGGUCGCCUGGAUCACCUGGGCCGGAGCGCUCAGUCUGGUCGUCUCGCUCUUCCUCGUCACUAUCGCCGUCGGUGUCACCGACAGGCCUGCUGCGGCACCUGCUACCGGGCCUUUUGACAAGGACUUCCGGAUUACCUCUGCCCCCACUUUCGCUGCCGCCAUGAGCGCUGUCAGUCAGCUCAGUUUCGCCUACGCCGGAACCCCUGCCUACUUGUCCAUCAUGUCCGAGAUGAAGGAUUCCAGGCUUUACACUCGUUCGCUCUUGCUUUGCAACGGAUUCACGACUGUUCUUUACAUUGUCGUGGGCACUGUCGUCUACUACUACUGUGGUCAAUACGUCGCCUCGCCCGCACUCGGUAGCGCUGGACCCCUCAUCAAGAGGAUCGCGUACGGACUCGGUCUUCCCGCCCUGAUCGUCUCUGGAAUCCUCUACACUCACGUACCCGCCAAGUGGAUCUUCCUGUCGGCGCUCAAGGGAACCAAGGAUCUCAACAACAAUACUCCCAAGCACUGGAUCGUUUGGUUCAGCUGUGUCGCGGGAUGUGUCCUCUUUUCUUACGUGAUCGCUUCGGCUAUCCCAGUGUUUUCGGGACUUGUGGGGCUGGUUGGGGCCUUGUUCGGGACGUUCCUGUGUACAAUCGUCACUUCCUCCUUGUGGUUCUACGAUAACUGGGGAAAGAGCGACGGUUCAUUGUCCCGCAAGCUGAUCUUCGGAUUGAACUGCGCAAUCUUCGUUCUCGGUUGGUUCGUCACCGUCGCUGGAACCUAUGGUAGUAUCGAGGAUAUCGUCAUCGGAUACGCUGCCAACGGAGGCACCAGGCCUUGGGCUUGUGACGACAACUCCAACUCGACAUAA